GACAAGAAAGAAGACCAUCAAGCGCUUCUGGUGCCCACACGGUAAUGAUUGUCGGAACCAUCCUGCGCUGUGCUUAGUUUCAGUGGGACACUUACUGAGCGAACUCCAGAGGUUCGACCUUUGAAGUGCUUCCUGCCUGGCUGUGUGCUUCCCCUCCAGCAGCGGACCUCAGAGGCUGCGUCCUCAGGGCUGUCAACAUGUUCCUGUCGAGGCUGUGCUCUCCUCUGUUACCGCGGUGUGUUCGCCCCGUGGUCACGCGGACAGUGUCACCCUUCCACACCCACACAGCUCAGCUGGACUCGAACAGGACGUCAGUGGUGCGCUGUGGUCGGCAGAAGUAUGAGAGGCUGUACCCGGUGAUGCUGGUCCGUCCGGAUGGCUCUACAGUGAACAUCAGAUACAAAGAGCCCAGACGCAUCCUCAUGAUGCCAGUCUGUCUAUCCACUCUGUCUGAAGAGGAGCGCCGAGCACGACAGAAAAAGAGGGAUGUGAAGAAGGUGAAAAAGGAGACGCCAGUCCACUACGAAGACGAUUUCGAAGCUGACAAAUAUAGCCAUUUCUGGAAGAAGAAAUGAUCUUGUAUACAGUGAAGCAAGGCAGAGGCAACAACCCUUAAAAUCGGACUCUCCCUUGAAGAUUCCAUGUGUCUGUAUGCUGUGUGUUAAAUUUGGUCAUUUUCACUCCAGUUCAGGGAUUCCUGCAGAAGAUUCCAACAGGGUAAUGAAACCCAGUGUAAUGACAUUUUAUAUGGCAGGAUAAACUCUGCUCUUGAGUUUUACUGUGACUCUGGAUUUCUUCUAAGAAAUAUAAAACAACUUAUUGAAGCUGAAAACUCCAUCAAUAAUAAGUUAAUAAAUAAUUUCAAGGCUGAUUAUCCAUGUGAUACAUUUUCAUCAAAUGGACAAACUUGUUGGAAAAUGUUUGUGGGCCUGCUCGUGGCCUGGUCAGGCCUACACAACUUGCGGCCCUUCUGAAUUUUCCUAUUGCCUGCAGGACUCUGUGCAAAUCAGGCUAAUAUCUAUGUGUGAUAUAAUAAAAACUAAGGUCUGUCUCCCUGCAGCCAAAUCC